CUCACUCGAAAUUGUCUUUUAGUUUGCGAAUACUAAUUUUACUGAAAUAUCAAUGAGUGAGAGUAAAUACAGUCCAAGACCUACAGUGCCCCAAACAUAUGCAAAUACACCGUCUCGAGUACCCGGUUCGAUUCCAAAAGAGGACUCGGAGCGAUUAAAGGAUUUGGUACGCUUCCACAUUGAGUCAUACAAUUUCAUGCUGGACAAGGGUUUGUCUCUCGCCGUCCGCGAUAUCUUCCCUCUGGAGGUCGAGAACCCGGAUAACAAACAGGUCCUCCGUAUUUGGAUCCAGGAUGUGAAGAUCGGCUAUCCAAUCAAGGAGGAUGGCUCGAGCGAGACGCGUCUCCUCCCUCACGAGUGUCGAGAGCGUGGAAUCUCCUACACCUCCCCUCUCAUCGCGUAUGUCGCUCAUCAAGUGAAUGACGGCCAAAUCGUGGUUACUGAGCGAAACUUGGGCCAGCUGCCCAUCAUGGUGGGCUCGAACCGCUGCCACCUGAGCCGGAUGACGCCAGCGGAGCGCGUGAAUUGCGGCGAAGAAGUGUACGAGCUGGGCGGCUAUUUCAUCUGCAACGGGCUGGAGCGAAUGAUCCGCUUGCUGCAAGUGACGCGUCGGCACAUCAUCGUGGCGCUGGACCGUCCGUCGUUCACGAAACGAGGCCCGGAGUACACGUCGCUGGGCUGCCAGAUGAAGUGCGUGCGCGAGGACAUGUCCUCGAUGACGGUGACGCUGCACUAUCUCCGCGAUGGCCGCUGCACGCUGCGCUGGUUCAUCCGCAAGCAGGAGUUCCUCGUGCCGGUGGUGCUGAUCCUGAAAGCGCUGAAGGACUGCUCGGACCGCGAGAUCUACGAGCAGCUGAUGCGGGGCGACUCGAACAACACGUUCCUGAGCGAUCGGCUGGAGCUGCUGCUGCGCGAGAGCAAGAACAUGCACUUAACCACGCGGCGCGAGUGCUUGGCGUAUUUGGGCUCGCGGUUCCGCAUCCUGCUGUACAUGUCGUCGCGGUACAGCGACGUGGAGGUGGGCGAGGAGCUGCUGAAGCGGUACAUCCUGGUGCAUCUGAAGUCGAACGAAGCGAAGUUCGCGCUGCUGCUGGAGAUGAUCAGCAAGCUCUACAAGCUCGCCAACAAGGAAAUCCCGCCCGACAACGCCGAUUCGCUCAUGAACCACGAGCUCCUGCUCGGCGGCCACUUGAUGUGCAUGUUCCUCAAGGAGAAGCUCGAGGAGUUUUUGAUCGGCGUGCGCCAGAACAUCGCGCGCGAAGUCGAUCGGCACAAGGAGAAGAUCGACCUCUACGACACGGCGUGGAUCAAGAAGGCGCUGGACCGGCAGUCCGACAUCGGCAAGAAGGCCUACUAUCUCCUCGCCACGGGCAAUAUCAUCUCCUCCACAGGACUCGAUCUCCAGCAGGCCGCGGGCUACACGAUCGUCGCCGAGAAGCUCAACCACUGGCGCUACCUCUCCCACUUCCGCUCCGUGCACCGCGGCCAGUUCUUCACCGAGAUGAAGACCACGCAGCCGCGCAAGCUGCUCCCCGACUCCUGGGGCUUCCUCUGCUGCGUGCACACGCCCGACGGCGCGCCCUGCGGCCUGCUGAACCACCUCACCGCCACCUGCUCCAUCACCACCGACGUCGUCCCCGCCCCCCAGCUCGCGCGGCUCUGCCAGGCGCUGGGCCUGGUCCCCGCCGACUCCCCGCUCGUCUACGGCAACCACUACGUCCCCGUGUUCUUCAACGGCCAGCUGCUCGGCCGCGUCCUCGCCGCCCAGGCCGCCGCCUUCUGCGACCAGCUCCGGCUGCUCAAGCUCGACGGGGCCAAGCUCCCCGCCUGCCUGGAGAUCGUGUGCGUCCCCGCGGGGGAGCAGGGCGGUCCGUGGCCGUGCGUGUACCUGAGCACGGACGCGGCGCGCAUGCAGCGGCCGGUGCGGCACCUGGGAACCGGAAAGACGGAGUGGAUCGGUCCGCUGGAGCAAGUGUACCUGGAGAUCGCGUGCGUGGAGGAAGAUAUCCGGAAGGGCGUGACGACGCACAUCGAGGUCUCGCCGGCGAACAUGCUGUCACUGAUCGCGUCGCUGACGCCGUUCUCGGACUUCAACCAGAGUCCGCGCAACAUGUACCAGUGCCAGAUGGGGAAGCAGACGAUGGGCACGCCGGGGCUGUCCUGGACGCACCGCACCGACACCAAGAUGUACCGUCUGCAGACGCCGCAGGCGCCGAUCGUGCACAACGCGCUGUACCGAGAGUUCCUGUUCGACUCGUACCCGCAGGGCAUGAACAGCGUGGUGGCGGUGAUCAGCUACACGGGCUACGAUCUCGAGGACGCCAUGAUCCUCAACAAGUCCUCCUUCGAGCGCGGCUUCGCCCACGCCUCCGUCUACAAGAGCCACGACAUCGACCUCGUCGACCCCAAGGACCCCGCCACCAAGUCCCUCAUCUUCAAGCGCCCCCCGCGGGAGGCCAUCGCCUCCAGCAACCCCUCGGCGCUGCGGCUGGACCCCGACGGACUGCCGCCGAUCGGUCUGUUCGUGCAGAAGGGCGACGCGAUCUGCGCGGUGUACAACACGGAGACGGGGAAGACCUCGCUGCGCUUCCACGACUCCUCGGAGCCCGCGUACGUGGACGAGGUCCGCAUCCUCGACGGCGACCCCGCGCUGGGCGUGCAGCGCGUGAACAUCAAGUUCCGGUACAACCGCAACCCGGUGGUGGGCGACAAGUUCUCCUCGCGGCACGGGCAGAAGGGCGUGCUCUCCGUGCUGUGGCCGCAGAUCGACAUGCCCUUCACCGCCUCCGGCAUCACGCCCGACUGCAUCAUCAACCCCAACGCCUUCCCCUCCCGCAUGACCAUCGGAAUGCUCAUCGAGUCCAUGGCCGGCAAGUCCGGCGCGCUCCACGGACAGUACAUGGACGCCACGCCGUUCCAGUUCAGCGAGAAGCAGUGCGCGGUGGACUUCUUCGGGGAGCAGCUGAAGGCGGCGGGGUUCAACUACUACGGCAGCGAGCCGCUGUACUCGGGCAUCUGGGGCGACCUGCUGGAGGCGGACAUCUACAUCGGCGUGGUCUAUUAUCAGCGACUGCGCCACAUGGUGAGCGACAAGUCGCAGGUGCGAGCGAACGGACCGAUCAACCAGCUCACGCGCCAGCCGCUGAAGGGCCGCAAGCGCCACGGCGGAAUCCGGUUCGGAGAGAUGGAGCGCGACUCGAUCAUUGCGCACGGCGCGUCGUUUUUGCUGCACGAGCGACUGCUGAACUCGUCGGAUCGCCAUCUCGCAGUGAUCUGCGAUAAGUGCGGAAGCAUGCUCUCCGCCACCGCCAAGCCCAUGACUCAGCAGGAAGCCGCCACGCUCAGCUCGCGCGUGCCGAAGAUGGUGUGCCAUGUGUGCAAGACCAGCACGACGUGCCAUUUGGUGCCCAUGCCGUAUGUGACGCGGUAUCUGGUGAACGAGCUCGCGGCGAUGAAUAUUAAGGUGGCGUUUGAUGUGGAAAAGAUUUCUUGUUGGGGUGUUUGUUGA